AUGGACGUGUCUAUGGCCUUGGAAAAUGCUGAGGACUACUGCCCUUCUCUUCCCGAAGGUCGUACCAUUGCUCCGACGGCAAGCUCUACGAUCCCUGAACCGGAGGAUAGAUCCGGCAUAAAUCACGCAUAUAUCAACACCAACACUUCUGCUGGGACUUUGCCUCUUCAUGACGUAGCUAUUCGACAAUUGUCGCAAAGCCCUACUCUCUUUUCCUCCGCACGGCGCGCGUGGCUCCCGGUGUUAAUUGACCCAAGAGACAUACCUCCGCCUCGACAACCCACCGUUACCACUUCGUACCCUCUGCCUAAGUCUUCUGACGUGCCCUUACCUGGCCUCUCAGUAUCUGAACUCCUCUUGACGACCGUGUCUACGCUUCUUGAUCCGCAGCUCCGACAGGAAAAUGAUACAGGCGCAUAUAUGCACUCAUCUCAUGCUGAGACGGGUGGAUCCCAGCAAAGCGGAUUAAUAGACAACCUCGCUGAUGCUUUCAACUCUCCUCGCGGUGAUGAUAAUGAAAUGGAGUGCGAAACUGCCACCACAUGCACCAAUGAUCCCGCCUUCUCAGACGACUGCGAGGCUACUGGUCCCUCUAGUGAAGAACCGCCAAUAGGACCACAUGAAAAGGUUCUCUUGGAGGCGGACCACGAGGCCUAUGCAUCGCCUCUUGAAUUGGUAGAGGACUUGCCUCUUGUACCCUUCACCGAUGGCCGAUAUCGACCGGCUGAGGAUAAUCUCGGUCAUCACGACAAUGUCCAACUGGAGCUUCAAAACGAUUCCUUCAACGUUGGGAGAAGAGACUCUGCAGCCGGCUCUUCCGAUCUCCCGCUUAUUUCUCCAUCUCAAAAUCCUGUAGUUGAACCUGAAGCGCAACCGACGACUCGAUUCCCAGCUGACCAAUCUGAUCCUUCUCCGGCUGAAUCAUCUGUAUUCUCGGUAGCACUGCCCGAUGGCGCGAUGCUUCAGUCCAGUCGACACUCCCCAGUUCUUCAUCUUCCUCUGCUGUUCCGGCCGUCCGUCGCUCUUACGUGCAACAACGGAUCCGACCCGAGCACAAGCGUAUCGGAGGCUUCGCGACCGUCGCUUCGGAAGUUGCUCACAGGCUAUGCCGAAUCACCGCCAUCUUCAAGCCCGCCUAUUCCUGAAGCUGAUAUGCAAGAUCCCUGGACCGAGUCGUCUGAAAAUCGCCCUCACACUGAAGACUCUGAACCAACGUCGACGUGCGCCUCUGCUGGACAUGACGAAGAUGCUACCCCCUCUGCGUCUUUGCCUGGCCACAUCCAGCCGGAUGGGAACUUGGAGCUACGGCAUCCUCGGCCCUCCAGAUUGCUCCCGGACCUCGACUCUUUCAAAGACUUCUUGCAAUCACGGCCUGAUUUCACGAGCACCCCUUUGCAUCCUGAUGGACUCGAUCAUGUCGGGCUGAGCGUAACGAGUCUUUCUUCUUCGCCGCCCCUAAGCUCGAGCCCCAGCCGCAUAUUCACGUCAUCUCCUGCCGUUCCUUCAUCUGGAGACGAUCUGUUCCCGCUAGACGACAAGCAUGAUAACGACGGUUACGGGGAUACCAGCGAGCUGCCUAACGCGGGAAACUACAUGCUGGAGCUUCCUCACACUUUGUUGAGUGCCCCGGAAACGGAUGCUCUUGGGGCUGCAAAUUUGUUCAAUCGCGAGAUGGACGACCUUCAGAUGGAGAUAGCAGGUGGCGAGUACGAUCUGCCGCCAUCAUCACCACCUCCGCUGUCGUGGUCACCACCACCUGCCAAUGUUGAUAGAACAGAGGCGGGGACAGCCAUGAUCACGGACCAAGGCGAUGAGAUGGAAUCGCAAGCCGUCCAGGAGGCUGGACAGAGCAGUAGCUUCAACGAUGACCAUAGCGCUCAUUCUACGUUUCAGCCCGAGGAAUUGAAAGAAGUAUCGGCCAAGCGGAAGAGGACCGGCAGCCCUGCGCUGCCGAACCCCAAGCGUCAUACGAGCGUCACUCUCGAUCGCGAGCAUAAGAAACUGAUCGCGCCCUUCCGUUCGCCAAAGCCGGUUCCAAAGAAGAGCAGCGACAAAUGCAAACCGAGCAUGCUAUCGCCGCUCGCGCUCGCACUGGGCAAUACAGGAGUGUCGCCCGGCGUCAGCAAGGCGUCCUCGUCGAAGCAGGACACUUCCAGCGCGCCGCUUUCCGCUAAGGAAGCCGAAUGGCAAAAAAUCAAGGAUUAUACGCCCAGAGCGGCUGCCAAGUUCAAGUCACCCCUCGCGUCGUCCGCCUCCGCCUCGUCGAGGUUGAACGCUGCUGUCAAGUUCACGCCGACGAUCCAAGCUCUGGAAAGGAAGCUACAGGUUCUUAAGCGCGCGGUCAAGAUCAAAGAGGACGGCGAACAAGAGAAGCUGGACCAGCUGGCCGCGAAGUGGCGGGAGAGCGGGAGAGGGAUCGCGUGGGAGGUAUGGAAUCUGGUCAAGGACCGCGCAGAGGCCGGAGACCCGUCGGGUUCGAAGAGUGGAGGCUGGGGAUACGACGACGAGAAGAAACCCUUCCAAAGCAACUGGGGGUGGGAUGUAUCUCACGAUCAGCAAGCGAACGACGUCGGCCCCUACGAAGAGGAACCACCGCGCUCUUCGCCAUGUGACGAUGAGAAUACGGAUCGACCGUCAGACAACUUGGGGACCAUGCUCAGGCAACUCAAGAUUGAUCCAGCGACGCUUGGGUGGGAUGACGCCAUGGAAGACUUUGUCGAUUGA